GAUGGCGGACGCAGGUAUACAAACAGCUAACAUGCGCCGAAAUCGCUUGUUAUUUUGCUGUACUUGCAUCAUCUACUUAUGGACUGCAGUAUUGUAGGGCCUACCGGAGAGACUGCCAACUUUGCCCUUGCACAUAAACAUUGUUACUCCGCCUACUGCGGUACCCGUUUCUAGCGCCAGUGUCCGUACGUAGCGGCAAAAUUUUCGUACUUCUCCGCAGACUUCCUUGCGAAGCUGCAGCUGUUAGUUCCCAUACGUGAACCACAGCUGUCAUAACCAAGGCGCAAGCUUUUGUUUUUUUAACUCACCCACGUCGCCGCUCAGUACGGCGCGGCGUAUCUUGCAAAACCAAUAAGCCGGCAACAGCCGCUCUCGAAUCCGCACCGAUUGCUCGCCUGCCGCAGUAAUCACAACGCUUGCCCCCUCCACGAUUUCCAGCGACUACGGCGAAGAAAAUGGGCAAAGCCAAGGGCCGCGGGCGCGGUCGUAAGAGCGCGCGCGGACGCAAAGCCUCGUCCACCGCAGCGGGAAAGAAGAAUGCCGCCGCCAUCGAAGAAGAGGAAGAACUCGAACAGAACCUAUCGGCCGCCGAAGAAGAUGGCGAGAACAACGCGAAAGACGAGCCCACCGUGUGCGACAAGCUUGAGGAAGAAGAAGAUGACCGAAGUCUGUUAGCCGAUACAAUUGAGCCCCCGACCUUCUCACCGUUGGGUCGGACGGGACCGCCCGAACCGCUGCACCAGAACAAGAAGCUUAGAUGGGACCACAAGGUGAAUCUGAUCGGCGAGAAGCUGAUCAACCCGAUGAUUCACUGCUGCGACAAGUGCACAUUGCCCAUUCUGACUUACGGACGCAUGAUACCGUGUAAACAUGUGUUUUGCUAUGACUGCGCUAAAAAGGCUGACAAGACGUGUUACAGGUGCAAUGACAAAGUACAGCGCCUUGAGCAGAGCAACCUUGGGACAGUGUUCAUGUGCACCUAUGGUGGGAGUCGCCAGGGCAAGGAUUCUUGUCGACGGACAUACUUGAGUCAGAGGGACCUUCAGGCCCACAUCACCCAUCGCCACCUCAAAGGCGCAGCAUCGGCAGCGGCCGCUGCAGCGGCUGCCUCGCAGUCAUCUGCAUUGUCGCACGGCCUGCCCUCUCAGCAGCAGCAGCAGCAGAUGGCAGCACUGGUGGCCAGCCACCCUCCGCCGCCGCAACAUCUCAUGGUUCGCGACCCCCGGCAGCAUCCACCACCGGUGUCACAGCACCCGCCCCCACCCCUUGAAGUGUCUCGUGCCAGCGUCCUGCAGCAACCACCGCAACAGCAACCCCAGCAGCAAGCACCACCCCCGCCUCCGCAGAAGACCCUGCCGCCUGAAUAUCGAGACAUGCCACCACCUGUGAUGGCAAGCCAGCAACCGCCGCCCCAGCAAAUGGUGGCACCACCCAGGGCGUAUCAGAGCCAGCAGAACCCCACUGUCAGUCGGCCCAACCUCAUCACCGUCCAAAUUCAGGACGACAGCCACAAGAGGGCUGCCGCGGCCGCUGCUGUGGCGGCCGUGAACGCUGCCUCGACAAACAUGCCACCUCCGUCGAUGCCUCCCCCACCGCCGCAGUACGCCCCGCAGCAGCCACCUCCGCACAUGAGUCAACCGCCCCCGCCCCAGCAGUCGUACCCACCGCCACAGGCUCCGGCGGCUCCGCCCAUGGCCUACAAUCCCUCGCAGCCUCCAUACACCCAAGGCAUGCCUCCACCCGCCACGUACAACGCCUCAGCCCCGCCGCCGCCUCCGCCCCCAGCUCGGCCUCUUCCGCCACAGUUCGUGCACCAGCCGCCCCCCCAGUUUGCACAUCCGCCACCUCCACAGCCACCACCACGAUUCGCGACGGCUCUGCCUUACGAGGAGCAGGGUCACCAGCCCACGUUUCACUGGAGUGGCGCAACCAAUAUGCCGCCUCCAAGACCCUCCACGGUCCUGCCGCCGCCCCGGCCCAUCACUGGUCCGCCUCCGCCGUCGACGCCUCCGGGAGCCAUGAUGCAGCAGCGAACAUGCGCGGAGCCGCAGUUUCCUUACUACAGCCAGUGAGCAUGGCUCAAAGCUGUGUCAUCAAUUGGGUUCAUCAAUUCAUGAUGCCACUGCAUACGCAAAGGGGAGUAUAGCUCCUCCGGUCGCAGCCUGUGAGUGCGCAUUAAAAGAGCUGUAUCAUUCAACGGUUCAUCUUGCUCAUUGUUGUGCAACUGUCUCUGUAAAGGCAGUGCUUCGCCAUACAUUUAUUCCAUUACGCCUGCAAGAACCUUUUUCUUCUAGAUCACGUUGUAGUACUUUUACAAAGGACCUCAAAUGCUUCCUCACUGCAAGGACAUUCUAGAAAUUACUAUUUAAGAAGCUUUGCAAACUUGCAUAGCUUAUUCCUAGAGACUUCUCUUCAAUGCAUCUAGUGGAGACAUUGCCAAAGAGUGUCACUUUCUCUCGGGAUGGACGUGCUGUCCUUGCAAUCGGGUUGACUUGGUGUGAGAUUGAUUGGCGUGAAAGCGUGCUGCGUAAUUGAACUAUGAUAAAAAUACAGGAACCAGUGGGAGCGUUCCAACAUACCGAAGUGCCAAUAAGUUAAAAACUGUCGGAUCUCGUGCACACGGCAAAGCCGGACGUCAAGUGGAUGAUCUGUUGCAAACAAAAGCAAAUUCAUAUUUACAGCAAUUGUCCCACAUCAUUCGUAUCAUUGCCCAACUUUGUAUAUAAUGUGGUUUUAAACUGUCCUAGAUUGUGUCUGUCAUUCCGGUGUGAUUUUAAGAUGUCAUUGUCUCUUUAUCUCAUGCACAAAGUUUCAUUGUACAGAAUUCACUGUUAAGGCGUAUUGUACAUAGUUUAUAGACUGACGGCGCACAAUAGACCCCUCUACACCUACCCCCCUCCUGGUGAACUCGAACAGUAGUCUAUAAUUGUGCGAUUUGACUGAUGCUGUGAACUACUGCUUUCUUGAAUGCAUAUGCAAAGAGUAUGGUGUAUAUUCAUGACAUGCAUGCAAAGUCUUUAUAUGCCUACAUAUGGGACAAUGGGGCAUGUUGUGUGGAAUUGUGCUAUUUUGAACUCUCUAACUGCAGCAUCGGCAGUGCUGUGCUGUUCUAAGAACAGCUACCAAAAAGUAAAAAGCUUGUGGGAGAUCUUUACAGCCCAAGACUGGAAUGUCCACGCAACUCUGCAAAGUAAGGAAGAGUUGUGUGCAGUAAAUAAUCGGCUGAAAGAAAAAACUGAUUUUAAAGG